AUGGAGAAUGCAAUUAUAUCAACCCUUUCUCUGUCUCGAGAAGGCGCUGUGGAGUUUGUGUCUGAAUCGUACUUCAAAAUAAUCAUAGCCUGUGCUAUAUUAGUAUGCAUUAUAACACGGACAUAUAGCGGCUUCCGUUCCUGUUUCAGAGGCACCAAUGCUGAUGAAGCAUGGAGACCCAAAACCCUCCCAUACUGGGUUCCAUAUUUUGGGCAUGCCCUCUCAUUGGGGUUCUGCCGCCGGAGCCUACUUAAACAUGCUAGAGACACCACCCCGGAGCCUGUUUUUAGUCUCUACAUCUGCGGCCAGAGGCAUAACAUAAUCACAUCUCCAUCACUGGCCAAGGCUCUUUUGGCCGAGCAAAAAUCGUCGAUCGUGCCCAAUGCCUUCGCCACAUAUGCUAUGGAGCGCGUUUUUGGAGCGCCAAAGAGUACCAGAAAACUCAACCGGGCCGAAUUCGACGCUCAGUGUAGAUCAAUGGAAUUUCAAAUGCAAGAUCCGCUUGCAUCCGACUGUUCAUCUGCCACCAUCCAAAAGAUCGAGCAGAACAUGCCAAAUAUGUAUACCUUUCUGCUCGAGUGUUGUCGAUCAUCCGGAACUUUGUGCUGUAACUGUGAUGACGGCAUCAUGGGAGAAGACUUCAUGGAAGCACUUCCAAAUACCCCGGAUGAUAUUAGGAAAUUUAACAAUAACUUCAAUGCCAUUAUCCUGGGGAUCCAACGAUGGGUUCCCUUCCCAGGACUUCCCACCUCAUAUCGGUCGCGACGUAGGCUUUUGCAUGGCAUGGCGGCCUUUCAUUCCGCGUUCGCAGUUGCAGAAAAUGGUCACGAUCCCGGAUUCGACUGGCGUCAAAUUGAUGAAGUUUCCGAAUUUAUGCAAGACCACUGCCGAGCAUGGAAAGACGCUGGACUUUCAGCUACGUCAAUGGCUGCAGAAAGUCUAGCACUCUUAUGGGCUAUGGACACGAAACUGAACACAAUCAUAUUUUGGAAUCUCCUUCACAUCCUAGCUGAUGGCCCAAUCCACUCUCGGAUCAUGAAGGAAAUUGCCCCCUAUUCUCAAGCCGGGCGGCCGAAUGCUGGCGAGACGGGGUUCAGACUACCAGAACCGCCACGAGUAUCGCUGGAUAUCGAUCACCUUAUUUAUUGCCCGUUGCUCAAAGCAACCUACUAUGAGACCCUGCGCCUGCACUCAUGUCCAAUCACCUACCGGAAGAUCACUAAGGAGUUCAAACUAACCGAAUCCGCCAGUGAUGCGAAAAUCGCCAACCGAAAACAACAGACAUACCAGUUUAAAGAAGGAGAAUUUAUCGCAAUACCGCAGACUCUUCACAAUACCGAUUCACACUAUUUCGAGGACCCAGAAGAAUUCGAGCCAGAAAGAUUUUUAGCGGAGAAGGCAGUCGAUACCAGCGAGUCUUCCGAGAAGUCUAGACCAUCUAAAAAACGGGAGUCGUUCACUGCCCAACCGGAGCUUGCACUUAAAAUACCGGAAACAUGGACUGUCUAUGGUGGCGGCGGGCAUACUGUGAGUCAGGAUGGGAAAUUCGCUGAAAGGAUAACGUUGGGGUUCGUUGCUGGUUUGUUGGCAAUGUGGGAUAUUCAGCCGGCUAAGGGCUUAGGAUGGAAGAUACCGAAACGGAGAACUGGUGGGCUUGUUUAUGAGCCACAGACUGAUAUCAGGGUGAGGAUAAAGUCGAAAGUGUAA